AAUUAGAGAAUGUGCGGCUCUGUGAGCAUAGCGCUGGAAGAUGAUCGAGCUAUGCGUGCCUGCUUUGCUGAUAUCUCUGGCUUUAAUAUAUAUUUUCUACUCUCGCAAGGAACGGCUUCCACCCGGACCAGCACCAUGGCCGAUUAUCGGCAAUCUCGAUUUACUCAUCCGUAAAGAAGCUCUCUAUAAAACCUUCACCAACCUGAGCCAUAAAUAUGGAGGUGUCUUUCGCCUGUAUUUGGGAAGCAAGCCUGUUGUGGUUUUGAAUGGAAAAGCAAUAUACGAUUCCUUGGCUCGACAGCCGAGCGUGUUUGCAGGCAGGCCUACCCUUCCCCCAUCAUUAGAUUUUGGAAUGGAUCCCGAUUAUGGCGUGCUUGAUUAUGGGCCUUUAUGGAAAUUUUACAAGAAACUCGGACACAGCGCUGUCCGAGUACAUGGGACAGACCGCUUGAAUGAGGCAAUCCGCGUGGAAGUAGAUGAAGUUUGCCGCAGGCUUGACUCCCUAGAUGGUCAACCUGUGGAUAUUUCUAAAGAGUUUGGAAUCGCUACAACAAAUGUGAUAUGCGCUCGGUUGUUUGGAUCACGUUAUGAUGUUCACGAUCCCGAGUUCUUGCGAAUCUACGAGAUUCACAAUAAGAUUUCCCGCGUUGUAAUGAGUAGUCGGUCGCUGUCGGAUGUAUUUCCCUUUCUCGUGAACAUCCUUCCAGAAAGCAAAGAAAGGCGGGAGCUGAGAGAACUACUCCAGGAGAGAUACACCAUAAUUUGGCGAAAAUACAAAGAGCAUGAACAAACAUUCACACCCGGAGUGAUAAGGGACUACACUGAUCUACUUAUAGACGCUAAACUCAGCGAAAAAAACAGCCACAAGUUAACAGAAAAUGGCAUCAUUUCAACAGGCCUGGCUUCUCAGUUUUUAGCAGGUUCUGAAACAACCGCUUCGACGUUGUCAUGGUCAGUGGUCUACCUCCUAAAUGACUCGGAUGUCCAAGAACGCAUUCAUAAUGAAUUAGAUGACGUCAUAGGCAAAGGCCAGCUACCGCAAUUAUCCCACAAGAAGAAGUUACCUGUUCUAGAAGCAUUUACAGCUGAAACACUCCGUCUGUCCUGCAUAGGACCACUUGGUAUGCCGCAUAAGACCACGAGGGACACUUUUCUACGGGGACACGCAAUCCCCAAGGGCACUACGGUAGUUCCUAAUUUGUGGUCCCUUCAUCACGACUCAACUGAAUGGAAGGACCCUUUUAAAUUUGAUAUCAAUAGGUUUCUAGAAGAUGGUGUUUUCAGGGCGCCAGCUAAUGAUGCUUACCUCCCGUUUAGUGCUGGUCCAAGGGUGUGUCUAGGGGAGGAGCUUGCGCGGUCCGAGCUCUUCCUAUUCCUCGCACGGCUGCUGCAGAAAUUCGACUUUGUGACGCCAUUGGGGUUGGAGGUACCCUCGUUGGAUGCGGAAGACUCAGGAAUUGUACUUCACCCAAAGCCUUUCUUGGCAUGCGCUAGGCGAAGAAAAUUCUCAACCACCAAUGAAAAUAAGCUGCUCCCUACCAAUAACCAAUCUAGAACAAACUAGGAAUGUAUGGAAGUCAUGGACGACUCUCAUUGCAUUUGGCCGGUAGUCGGAAAUGUUUUGUGUUCGGAUAUUGGGAAGCCUGUGGAGCGAGGGUGAUCCGAAGACAAAACAUUUCCGAAUAACCCCGAACAAGAGCUGGCUAGCAGUCUAUACGAAACCAACAGAUAAAUUCUUUGUCGCAUAAUGACGAUAACGUCUAUCACGUCCUCAACAUAAAAAGGCCUUUCGAGGCAUUUCGAGCAAAAUCGCAUGACAGUAGAAAUCCACAGAGGUAGUAACCGUCAACUAUAUUACUGGGAUACCGGUGGUAGCCCAGUCAUAAAAUGCAACUGGGUUUUUUUCUUUCUGUCGUCACGCGAUUUGCAAAAUGCAAUUCCCAAGAACCCUUGCGCCAUAGGCGAUACUUCUUAUUCAUUGGUUACUCGACCACUUGAGACCAUGUGCACCGUCAAUAUGACCGACGCUGUCAUAUAUCUGAUAGCUUAUUGAUUAUUUCCGAUAGCGUGAGGGCUCGUAGCGACGUAGGAAUUUCGCUUCGUUCUUUCUUUCAUCUUGUUGAUUUUGAGAUUCCAGCUCUCAGAUCCAUGUUAUUUGUGAAGUUAGAGGCCAGAUUCGCGAUUUCAUUACUGCAUAUAUUACCAUAGUACCAAGUAUUGAUUUUAUUGAAUCAGUAUGUCUAUUGGAAGUUUCUUUGAGGAUGUGAUUGAUAAUUUAGAGCGGAUGGCCUGUUAAAUAUCUCGGAUUUUAAUAGAUUUUUUUGUCUUUUAACGGUUGAGGUUUCCGUCGGACCUCCGGAAGUAAACUGGUGACAAUGCGGCUUUAAAUGUGCUCUGAAGUGACUACCUUACAUCGCGACACUUGUCCGGCUACCCAUAAGCCACAUUUUGUUUUCUUGCUAUUAAAUAUCUUGAUCUCUCUCAUUGAAUGUCAUAAUUUUUUUACCAAGUAGAUUUCAAAUUAUUUUGGUACUUUGGUGCUUAUUUUUUGGUAUUUUGGUCUUUCCUUUAGAUAAGUUUUGUUUUCUUCGUAAAAUAACUUUAUCCCUCAUUGAAUGUCAUUUUAAUUUUAUGGAACAUUCUCAAUGAAAUCUAGAGCAUUGUGUUAUCUUUAAAGUGUUGUUGAUCUCGAUCCUUAAGAAUAUGUACAUGCUAUAAUUUCAAGUCUGGAUAUUCCUCUCAUUUACUUCAUAAAUAAUAAUGUUUAAACAAUAUGAUAGCAUAAAUAGAUAUUGUUGUUUACUUUGUAAAUUUAAUCUAAAUUAUAUUGUUAAUACAAUAUGGCUUACAUUGGGUGUUAAAAUAAAUUUACCCCUAAGUGAUAGCACAUUGAGGGCAGUAAACCAAAGAAAUGUUAAACAUUUACACAUUCUCAGUUUUCCUGAAUUUUAUUUCGAUGCUAUCUCUGCUGCGGGGAUAGUAUUUGUAAGAUUUUUAUACUGUAAAAGAUAGGACAAUUAGCCCCAUCUACUUUAAUGGAGCACACCUCAAGUCCAACCCCACCUCAAGAGAUGAUGCUUCGUACCUUUCUUGCCCCAAUCAGUGUUGUGAUAUGGCAUAUACAAUAAAAAACAAGAUUAUA